ACACACACACACACACACACACACACACACACACACACACACAAGCCAAUAAAAACACACAAACGCACGCACACAAACAAAUGUGUUUGAGUUAGUUUCACUUGCCGUUCUCCUGGUAACCAAUGACGUCGCAGCCGUAUUGAAUUCCUAUUGGUCCAGUCCGGCCUCUCCCUCGUGAUCAGUCUCUUGUUCGCUGGUUUCCUGGUCAGUGCGUCUGAUGCUGGAGUCGGAGUCACGUCUCUGUGGAUAAUCUCAUUGAUUUGUUCUUCUGAAUACAUCGAUAUGAAGUUGCUAACGGGGCUGCUGCUGUUGGUCUUUGGUCACGGUGUGUCCUCAGUGCUUCACUCUCUGCAUUAUUUCUACACGGGGUCGUCUGGACUCUCAACCUUCCCAGAGUUUGUUGUUGUUGGGAUGGUGGAUGGAGUUCAGAUGGUUCACUAUGACAGCGUCAGUAAGAGAGCCGUAGCCAAACAGGACUGGAUGGAGCAGGUCACCAGAGAUCCAGCCUACCUGGAGAGGGAAACUGGAAACUUUCAGGGUUCCCAGCAGUGGUUCAAAGUCAACAUUGGGACUGCCAAGCAGCGCUUUAACCAGACAGGAGGUGCCCACAUGUUUCAGUGGAUGUAUGGUUGUGAGUGGGAUGAUGAUGAUGAUUCUACUGAUGGUUAUAGACAGUUUGGUUAUGAUGGAGAGGACUUCAUAUCGUUUGACCUGAAGACCCUGACCUGGGUCGCUCCAGUACGUCAGGCUGUCCCCACCAAACAGAGAUGGGAUCAGAAUAAAGCUGAACUACAAUACAUAAAGAACUACCAAACCAAGGAGUGUGUUGAUUGGCUGAAGAAGUACCUGUCCUAUGGGAAGAGCACUCUGCAGAGAACAGAUCGUCCGCGGGUGUCUCUGCUCCAGAGGAGCCCCUCCUCCCCAGUGGUGUGCCAUGCUACAGGCUUCUACCCUGACAGGGUGGUGGUGUUCUGGACGAGAGACGGCCAGGAGCUCCAUGAGCAGGUGGACCCCGGGGAGGUCCUCCCCAACCACGACGGGACCUUCCAGGUCAGCGUGGACCUGGACCUCACGGCCGUCCCACAGGAGGACUGGGGGAGGUACGAGUGUGUGGUCCAGCUGAGAGGCAUCGAGGACAUCUCCACCCCCCUGGACCCCGCCCUCAUCAGGACCAACUCGGCUUCAGAGGAUAAGAGUGGCCUCACCAUCCCCAUCAUCAUUGGGUUGCUUGUCCUCCUCCUCGCUGCUGCUGCUGCUGUUGUUGGAGUCCUUCUGUACAAGAAGAGGAACGCUUCAGACAAGGGACACAAACCAGUUGGUUCUGACACCAGCUCUGAGAACACUGAGGGGCAGAAUCCGGCUCCUGAGGCCCAACCUCUGACCACAGGUUAAAGUUAAAUCAUGAAGAGUCUUCUCACGUUCCUCUUCCUAAAGCAGGAUGGAGUGGAUCGUUGUCAACUAUAAUCAUCACAAUCAGUUUGGGGACUUCAGAUGACUAAAGAUGCUAUAUUUGCUUAAUUACAGUAACAUUCAAACUUUAAUUUGAUAAAAAACAUAAAUCCGUAAGAGGGGUAAAUCAAUUAGAUCUCUGUAUUUUUGAUCGAUUAACUCAAUGGGUUAAUCCUGCAAUCUUUCACUGACCCUUGAAAACCAUGGCAACAUGACCCCGCCAUGAUGGCCAUUUUGUUUUGGUUCUAACUGCUUCAUCUUCUAAACUUUUAAUUAUGUUACAUUGUUUAGUCAUAUUUAAGUUUCAAAUGAUGUAAGAUUCUGAAUCAAGGUUUGGGAAAGUGAGAUUCUGUAAAGUUUGAAUACAAUAAUCAUUAAAUGUAAUGUGUUUCGUUGAAAUAUUUGAUAUCUGCAAGCUAGAGAAUUGCAUUGCUACAUAGGCUACCACACUCGAGCUAAACUGCUUUAGCUUUAAUGCUCUCUUUUCUGUGUUCUUUGGGGAAUUGGAUCAUAUAUACUUGGGUUAUUCUGUCAAUAAAAUAUAUAGAAAUUG